UUGAUUUUUUUUUGGUGCUGUUUGUUACUUUUUAACGCAGGAAAUAGUGAAGCUGCUCAACUGCGAUUAGUGAAUGGUACAAAUCACUGCUCUGGGAGAGUGGAGGUGCUUUAUGGCCAGCAAUGGGGAACGGUCUGUGACGACAACUGGGAUCUACUUGAUGCUGAAGUUGUGUGCCGUCAGCUGGGCUGUGGGACAGCCCUGUCUGCUGCUUCCUCAGCUUAUUUUGGCAGAGGAUCUGACCCCAUUUGGCUUGAUGAUGUUAUGUGUAAAGGAACCGAAGCUGCCCUGUCUGAAUGCACUGCAAAACCUUGGGGAAAACAUAACUGUGGGCAUGGAGAAGAUGCUGGUGUUGUAUGCUCAGGUUUUGCAAAACCAGCCCCGCUCCGAUUAGUGGGUGGAUCAACCCACUGCUCUGGGAGAAUCGAGGUGUUGUAUGGGCAGCGCUGGGGAACUGUGUGUGAUGAUGGCUGGGACCUGGCUGACGCAGAAGUCGUGUGCAGGCAGCUGGGCUGUGGAAAGGCCUUGUCAGCUCCCCAUGGGGCUCACUUUGGGCAAGGAUCUGACCCAAUCUGGCUUGAUGAUGUCAGCUGCAUAGGGACGGAAGCUGCCCUCUCCGCAUGCAAAGCCAGUCCCUGGGGAAGCCAUAACUGCAGGCAUGGAGAAGAUGCUGGUGUGGUGUGUGCAGGUACCUUUAUGAGCAUUAAAGAAUAAGCCAUCUUGGGUCAUCCUGGGGCCCCUUUGACACUAAUAGGUGCUUGCAAAGAAAGCACACAGAGGACUUCAAAAUGAUGUGGCUACAUCCAUAGACAACUACAACCUGUCUUUCCUUAUGUAGGUCCUUUUAAUGGGGUGCUUCCAGGGGGCAGUUUGCAACCAGAGAUAGAGGUACACACAGGGAACACAUCUCAUUGUGUUCUCAUAUCACUUACUCUCCAACCCAAUAACUGGGUUAUUCUUCUUAUUAUGUAAAAGAGAAGAGCAUGUGAAGUGUGACGAGCAUUACUGCAUAAGUCAGCCACAGCCUCAACUGGCCAAGUUCUCAAGUUCCACCAUUCUUCUUUCUCCUG